AUGGCAACAAGGAUACCACUCUCCCUUAGGGGAGCUUCCCAACGUUCAUCUCACAUCUUCCUUACAGCCAACCGCCUCACCCUCACCAGCAGAGCCUUCACAACUACCUCUCUCCUCGCCAAGUCCAAAAAGCUCCCUCCGCAACCCCCCAAGGCGUCCAAGCUAUCCAGGCCAUCCACAACCGCCCAACCAAUCCCAGAAGUAACCCCCGAACCACAAUCAGAAGAAUCUCCCAAAUCCAACUCCAACGCCCAGGACCUCGGCACCCUCCUCCAACAGCGCAGAUGGCCCCUCCUCUUCUCCGGCCUCACCGCCCUGAUCAUGGGCGCCUACAUCUCCAUGCUCAUCGCCUCUCUCUCUCGGGGUCCCGAUGCCUGUUCCCACGUCGACCCCGCGACCGGCCAACUUCCCGUGACUGGCCGUCCGCGCGAGCUAGACUCUCUGACAUCCAACCCCGUCGUCAAUGACCGCAUCCUGCGCGAGAAGGCCAUGGCCUUUGACAACGGGCUCAACAUGCCCGAGCGCGUCAUGGGCAUCCGGCUCCUAAGGAAAUGGCUGGGCACCCGCGUAAAGGGCCACGUGCUGGAGGUGGCGGUCGGCACGGGCAGGAACCUGCAGUUUUACGACUGGACCGAGGUGGUCAAGGGGCCGGUUACCGGGCGGGAGUUGACGGCGGAGGAGGAGAAGGAGGAGGAAGAAAAGGCCAAGGAGAGGAUCAGGAGCGUUUUGGAUCAGGGAGGGAAAGAUGAGGAGAAGAAAAGAGAUAAGGAUUGGGUGGAGAAGAUGAAGAUGCCGGGCGCGCUGGAGGGCGAGAUGCUCACGUUCACGGGAGUGGAUAUUAGCGAGGGCAUGAUGGGCGUCGCGAGGCAGCGGUUGAGGGAAAAUGUCCCUGGAGGAAAGCAGUUGGUGCCCAAGGGCGCGUUUUUGACGUCGAGGGAGGCAAGUGAGAGCAGGAUUGGAGAGGGUAAGAGGGGUGAGGGGCAGGAGGUGCUGCUCAGUACCCUGGAGGAUAGGAUCAGGCUGGUGAGGGCGGAUGCCGAGGCUAAGCUGCCUGAGGCGCCUGCUUAUCCCGCGAGGGUUGGGGGUGAGGAGGAGGGCAAGUACGAUACUGUCGUCCAGACCUUCGGCCUCUGCUCGGUUUCUAACCCGCUUGCUCUGCUGCAAAACAUGGCGGGUGUAGUCAAGCCGGAUACUGGACGCAUCAUUUUGCUGGAGCACGGAAAGGGUUGGUCGGAUUGGAUCAAUGAGAAGCUGGAUGCUUGGGCACCUCAGCACUUCAGCCGGUACGGCUGCUGGUGGAACAGGGAUAUUGAGAAGUUGGUAAAAGAGGCGGAGCAGAAGGUGCCCGGAUUGGAGAUUGUGAAGAUCGAGAGACCUGGGUUCUUCCAGGCCGGCACUACUGUGUUGGUGCAGUUAAAGGUCAAAAGCCCAGGGAAGUAGAAGAAGAGACUACACGUCUCAUAAUCCCUCUGCAUCAUGGCUGUACCAUUUCAUGUAUAUAUACGUGUAUGUGUAGUGUUCCUGUAUGUGUAUGGGCCGAGUUCCGGUUGUUGCUGGUUUCAAUCCACGGUACGAACGGCGUCAACCAGUUGCCCCCGUCCGCUGCGGCAAAUACGUCGUACAAGCCGGAAUUUAGAAGCAUUCGGGCCUAUUG